CACCCCAUCACCUCCCCGCACUUCCACGGCCACGUCACCGUCAGGGUCAAACGCGCACAAGAAACCAGUUCCAACCCCACCAUCAAAUCCGACGGCGAUGCCUACUUCACCGGGACACGGCGGAUGUUCAGUUUCCAGAUCCAGGGCCAGUUCGCACGCGAAUGGACAGGCGACGAGGUGAUGUUUGGGAUCGAGUUGGAGAAGCCGAUAAAGUUGCCGUUUGGCGCGGAUCUGGCGGUGGGGCUUGCGAAGGUGAUUGAUCCGGGGUUGGAGGUUGCUUUGAGGGGGGAGAGGCCGGUGGCGUUGAGUCCGAUGUUGGUAACAUCCCAAGUCAGAGAAUCCUCCGAGCUACUUUCGAGUAGUGGAAAACCACUCACCACAUCUGAGCGUCGGGUAAGCAUUGCCUCUCCACUUUCCAGUCUGCUAUUUCUGGAAUCUGAGCCACCCCUCAAACUCCCACAGAAACACUUCCUCCCUCUCCCCGCCCGUCAAAACUUCACCUUCCACCCCACAAAAACCUACACCUUCGACUUCUACAACCGCUACUUCGACCCAUCCACAUCUGAGAUUUGCCUCCCCGGAUUCUCCAUUGACGCGUCGCGGUAUUUGAAUGGGCAGCCGCUGCGAUUUGUUGCGAGGUCGAGAUGUGGGACCGCGACGUUUUUUGUGAUUGAGUUUCGGUGACGGGUUCGGAUUUGAUGGGGGUGUGCGGGUUGGAGUGGAGGUGGUUGGGCGAGACUUCCGUGCGCCUAUGUAUAUAUAGAAUUCAUCGGUUCCGCUGUAAAUACGUACAUACCUUGCAUUUUGGAUCUGCUACGAAGUUCAACUUGCAGGGUGUCGCUGUCUCCAACGAUAUGCGGUCGAUGGGGCAGAGGCGUUGAGACUGACAGGUCAUUUUUCCUUUUGGAAGUGUUAGCACUUUGAACAGCUACAUUCACUUCUACGUAGACUGUUCUUCUCGAAAUAUC